AUGGUCUCCGAUAAAAAAGGACAAGAAUGUGAAGGUAAGUUGAAGGUUCACCAUAAGUGCAGUGUAGGGGAUGACUUUAUCUUCGAGGCAGGGGUGUUUGAUGUGGUCGAUUCAUUGGAAAAACAGAAUGCGACGAGACAGAAUAUCGUGGACCAACUUGUUAAGGGGUAUCAAUUUGCUGGAGGACUUUGCACUCUUGUUGGGAAGCUGGAAAAUGAAUUGGAUGGAUCCAGUGAAGAGCCCGGGUAACUUCACUUAUAAUUAUUGCUAAGGCUGUUUUGAUGUGUUGUUUUGCAAUGAAAAUUAAGCCCUUAUUUUCAGGACUGCACUCUGUUUUGAGACCAAUGUUUAUAAUAUGGUGACUAAAAUAUUUCAACCCGACGACGCAGACAAGAUCUUUGACAUGAACGAUGGAAUUGAAUGGUUACCCGACCUCAUAUCGCAUAAGCCCUGGAGGAAAUUAAUUUUCGAACUCUCCGAGAAUUAUCCACAAUGUCUGAUGCUGAAUCUCGCAGUAAAGAUUAUAUCAGAUGCCGGGUUCCAAAAUGAAAUUAACAAUGUGUGCACGGCAGCUAACCAGGUCGAGAUUUUUUCCAAAGUAUUUGCUUCUUGUAUCAUUGAAGUCGUGAAGGCCUUCGAGUUGGGGGAGAACACUAAAGACUUUCAAAUGACCCUGGAUGAACUUCUAAAGGUCUCCUGUUAUGACGAACAUACUUAUUACUACACGCAGGCGGCUUUAAAGAGCAUUGCUCAGAAUGUACGUUGUGUUUGUAAUAUCAUGGUGGCGACAUACGCAUCAAAUCGGGUGUUGUGGCCAGAAACCGCGAUUUCUGCUCCCUCCCUGCGGAGAUUUUUUUCUUUUUUCUCUGCCCAGACAAGAAUUGCGCAUUUCUAGAGCCUAACAGACAAGAUCCUCGUUUCUGGCCACGACACCCGAUUUAAUGCGUAUGUCACCAUCCUUACAUGAUAUAUUUUUCCAGAAUAGUCAAGCGAUUGUUUCAUUGUGUAACCAGAUUAGUCAGAUUCUGAGGAUAUCUGUCAAGGAUAAGGUCCUGGAAUCCACCGCAUUGUUGCUGUACUCUUCUCAGGCAUCAGGCGGCGAGUUUUCGUCAGAUGUUAUCCAGUCCAUAUUGGAUAUGGUAUCGAAGCAAACAUUGAGUCCAACCGAUGUGCACCAACUUUAUCAGGUAUUUUUGGUUUUGAGUCCGAGGAAUCGCUUGUCUAGGUGUAUUACGACCCAAAUCCACCCCCGGCAGAAAUAAUUAGAGAUCCGAUAUUUAUAAAGAUCCUGUUGAAUAGCGUGUUCAAUGUCAACACGUCAAAGUUAAGCCCAGAAUACCGUUCCAAAUACGUAUAUUUAUUGGCAUAUGCAGCGUCGGUGGGAGAAGUAAACAAAAAUGGAAUGAGGAUUGUAUGUUCCGUAUAGGAUUUGGGAUUCAAAAAUUUAUUUUGUAGCAAACAAAGAUAGAAUUGGAUCAUGUGCGGAAUAAGAUCGAAGAAUUAAUUGACAAAUUGGAUUGGGCCGAUGAUUUAGUCACCAUCUUAUCGGAUAUCGUCGAACUAAUUGAGCUUCCUAUACUCUCACUGGCCAUGCUUACGUACGUAGAGUCGAUUGUAUUGAAGGAUGACGUCAUGAGUGAACCCCAGACCGUCCAUCUGGUUCUCAUAGAUAAAGUGGCAACUCUUCAUCCAAAUAUGAGAAAUAGGCGAGUAAAUUAUUUAUGUACACGGCGGGGCUUCUUUGUGGCUGAUUUGAACGGGCUUUAACUUCUUUAUUUUUGGGCCAAAUGAUGAAACAUUGGCAAUUUAAAUCGGGCCACAAAGAUGCCCCACCCUGUAAAAUUCUACAUUGCUUUAGGGUCUUCCGCCUUCUCUGUCGUUUAUACGAAUGCCAGUCGAGCAAGAAUGAGAUUGCCGAACUAGUGAUCUCGAGGCAGAAAGUUGUAAUCGAUCGUUUCAUCCAUCUUUUAUCCUGUGGAUACGUUCUGCCAGUGCUGGAGUUGGUUCCCAGAUUGUAUGAGGAAGGAAAUAUAGAUGUUUCUUUGGUCCGUUACUUUGGUGUUGAAGUACUAGAGAUGACUUCGCCUCCAUAUUCUGAUGAAUUCUGCAAAAGGCUAUAUCCCUUGAUAACACGUUCCGAGAUAUUCGAUAAAGUGACCAUAGAAAAACAGAAACAGAUCUCCCAAUUUAUUAGUUAUGUCAACUCGUAA